UGCGCGGGCGGGUGUCGCGCGCGCUGUGCCCGGAUGUGCCGGUCCCGGCCCCGCAGGUAAAGGCGCUGCUGGGAGCCGCCGCUGCUCGGAGGGGCGAGUUCUCCUCCUCUCUCGGUGUUGUCGCCAUGAACAACAAGUUUGACGCAUUAAAAGAUGAUGAUAGUGGAGACCAAGAUCAACAUGAGGAAAACCACACACAGAAAGAGAAUGAGAAAGAAAAAACAGACAAAGAGAAGACUCAAAAUAUUACCAAAAGGAAGACAGUUGUCCCUGGCCCAGGAGAACAUCCGCUACAGUACAACUAUACAUUUUGGUAUUCCAGACGUACACCAGGUCGACCCACCAGCUCUCAGAGCUAUGAACAAAAUGUUAAACAGAUUGGAACAUUUGCAUCUGUUGAACAGUUCUGGAGGUUUUAUAGCCAUUUAGUUCGACCUGGUGAUCUCACAGGCCACAGUGACUUUCACCUAUUCAAAGAUGGCAUUAAACCAAUGUGGGAGGAUGAAGCUAAUAAGAAUGGUGGAAAGUGGAUUAUCCGUUUGCGAAAGGGGCUUGCAUCACGUUGCUGGGAAAAUUUAAUUUUGGCAAUGUUGGGGGAGCAGUUCAUGGUUGGAGAGGAGAUAUGUGGAGCUGUUGUUUCAGUUCGAUUUCAGGAGGAUAUUAUCUCAAUAUGGAAUAAGACUGCAAGUGACCAAGCUACAACAGCACGCAUACGGGACACAUUGCGACGUGUUCUAAAUUUACCACCCAAUACCAUAAUGGAAUACAAGACUCACACUGACAGUAUCAAGAGAAAAAUUGGAAAGCCUGAAAAACUUUGUCUCCAUAUUGAAUACAACAAAUACCUCAUCACAGCUGCCAUUUGACAACAGACUCUGCAGUGAGAAGCAGGCACAUCCAUUUCACUGAUCUAGACAAUUCAAGCUUUCGAAAUACAAAAAUCACUUUAUGAGGUCUCCAUUACACUCAUUUGUUUAUUUGGAAGAUCUGAAAGUCAGACCCUAAAAGGGCAAUGGAAGUUUGGUCACAGAGACUGACAGAUCUUUAGAUGUAAAGGAAUUCAAGGGAUAUUAGAAAAUGGCAUUAAGGUAAAAGAUCAUUCAUGAUCUUAUUGCUUGGUGGAACAGGCAUGAGGACCAAAAAUCCCCCUAUUAUUCAUGUUAAUGAAACUUGAAUGUAGUCUGUAAGAGACAUUGUGUUGCUCUUAUAGGUAAUCUUAAUGUAUCUAAAUUGCUUCCAUUUAUUUGCAUCCUUUCUGCAUUUGCCCAUACUAAAGAGAAUAUUAAAGUAUUUGUUAUAUACCUCCAGGCAGGUAUUUUUUUGAUGGCCUUUACAAAUUGACAGUCCUGUCUUGUGGACUGGAGCUCACAUUUAAUACAUCUCUUUACCAUCAUAGAUUUGUUCUGAUUCCAAAUGCUUAGCUUUCUCCAAUUCUCUUGAGACAUUAUCAAAUACCUGUAAAUAUAUACAUGCUUCAUCUAUACUACCUAGUAACAAGCUACAUUCUUAAAAGAGAAUGAACUCGGCUUGUCUAUUUUGUAAGAUUUUUUUUCAAAAUUAUCCAUUAAAUCACUAAUGCUUAUUUUUAGGACACUACCCCCUCCCCCCAAAAAAAACAAAAGCCUACACUUUCCUUAAAAGCCUUUAUGAUUGAUGUUAAAUAUGACUUAAAGGUUUCUCUCAUUUUCAAUGAAAUAUUACAAUUUCAAACAUGUAGUUCUGAAAAGAAUGAAAGAAAUAAUUUAAAAUGCAGGAAGGAUAUGCUUCUAAUUAAAUGUCUUUACCAUGAGAUUAACAUUUAAUCAGAUUUAUAAUUUACAAGCAAGAAGGCAGCAGCCAACAAAAGCACUUUUGAAUCUGGAUACAUGUUGAUUAGAACUGUAUUUAAAAAUGUUUAAAACAAAAUCAAUCAAAGGAAGUUCCUCAAUGUGUAUAAAGAACUGCACAAUGUAGAAGCACCCCAUUCUGCAAACCAGCCCAUCCAUGUAUCUACUCCACUCAAGCCCACUCCCAUUCUUGCUCAUUUAUUAGGAUAGUUGCUAUUCCCUGCUGUCUCCUCUAUCCUUUCUCUAAACACAUUUGUACAAUUCAUUUCAACUAAUCUAUGUAGCAAGUUCCACAUUGUCACCACUCCCGUGAUGAUGAUACUUCUGACUUCCCUUUGUGAUUUCAUGGUGACCAUCUUGUAUUGAGGAUCCAGUUUUGCUUUUCCUCACAAAUGGAAACAGUGUUUAGCCACUCUAAUUUUAAAGCCCCUUUUAGAUAAAACCUCAGCCUCUCCAUGAUUCCUCGUCUGUUUAUCUUUCCCUGAUGGGUGUAAACUUGAAGUCCUGAUGUCACUUUUGUAAAAUACUGUGCACUCUCAUUGGUGCUUCAAUGUCUUUAAAAUAAUAUGUCUUCCAGACUUUGUGCCUGCCCAACUCCCCCCCCCCCCCCCCUUCCAAAAUAGUAUUUCAGCAGUUAGAGCUGCCUGCCUCACUGUUCCAGUGACAUGGAUUCGAUCCUGAACCCUGGUACUGCCUAAAUAAAUUUUGCACAUUUUCCCUGUGACUGUGUGGGCUUCCCUCAGGUGUUCCAGCUUCUUCCUACAUCUGAAAGAUGUGCUAGUAAAUCACCCCUAGUGGAAGGGGUGGUAGGUAAAUCAGGAUGGAGUUGAUUGGCAUUUGAGAGGGGAUAGGUUACAGAGAAAUAAGUAGGGUAAUGGGAUUGCAGGCAUAGAUUUUUGAUGGGCUGAAUGGCCUUGUGAAAUAAUAUGUGGGUGGGGGAGGAGGGAAUGAAAGAGAUUCCACAUUGGAGAAGGUGGGGGAAACAUGAUGUAAUAGAGUGAUAUUUUUUUAAAUCAGAGACUUUGAGCUACAGUCUUAAGCCCAGAAUGUGUGCACUAAAUCUUGGAAGGAACUACCUAAUCAGUCCUACUUCCUGUCUUCACUUCCAAGCACAAAUCCCACAAGCCCCAAAUUAAUUUACUUUUCAAGUAUAUAUCCAAUUCCCUUUUGAAAGUUAUUUUUGAAACUUUCCAAUAUGCCUUUUAGGCAUUGUUUUCUUGAAAGAACUUUGCUGUGUUUCUUUAAUACUUACCAGCUAUAGAUCUGUUUGCUAAUUAUCUCAAACAUGUGCCCUUUAGUUACUGAUACUCCUUGCAGCUGGAGACAAUUUUUUCUUAAUAGAUCUAUCCAAAAGAUCAUUUUACACUCCUGUGACGGAGUGUUUAAGUUGUGAGGGAAGACUGGAUAGGCUGGGUUUGCUCCUUUUGGGAGUGGAGGAGGCUGAAGGGGGACCUGAUAGAAGUAUACAAAAUUAUGAGGGGCCAGGGUAGAUGGUAGGAAACUUUUCCCUAUUGGAGAAUUAUCUAAAACUCGAGAGAUGGGUUUAUGGUGAAGAGCAAGAGGUUCAGAGGGAAUCUGAGGUGGUUGGAAAUCUUGAAACCACUGACUUAGUGGGUGGGGGAGGCAGAUACUCUUGCCAUAUUUAAUAGCCAAGGCAUAGAAGGUUACAGACCAAGUACUGGUAAAUGAGCUUAGUAUACCUGGUGGUCGGCAUGGACACAAUAGACUGAAGGGCCUGUUUUUGUCUUGUAUGAUUCUAUGAACAAUCUCAUCUGUUUGGGUUAGUUUAUAUAAAUGAAGUUCCCUUUCCCUUGUGCUGUACUAAUAUUGCUUCUCCUGGCCUACAGACGUAAUUUGAACACAAUUCAUUGAGGCAAAGUGAGAGCACAGAUGUGUCCUAGACAUUUUUCUACAUGUAUUUGGUGUAUUCAUAGAAAUAAAAAUAUUUCUAUGCUCAGAUCAGUGUUGUGGAAAAGUGGUCCUUUAUAACAGCACAUUAAAGUAAGGAUCCUUUGCCUUUAGCAGAUCUGACUUAAUCAAAUUUGUCUCUUGUAUAGCAAUCUUACUUUUUUUUAACUGGAAACGCACAAUAUGAUUGGUGUCUUUGGAACUCCUGAUACAGAGUUUUGCAUGCCUGAAACAUGGAUCAGAAAAUUAGCUGCAUGCUAUGCACUAUUUUUCCACCUGUUGAAAUAGAUGGAAAAUUAUAGAUUGUGUGUCUAUUUUUUUUAAUGUACACUCCUCACUGAUGAAGCUCUGAGUUAGGAUUGUUAGAAUUCAAGGUAAACCUUGUUUUUUACUUUCACAAGAACUUUAAUAAAAAAAAGUAUUUGUUGCCCAAAAUAUGGCUCUAAUGCUUGAAGGGCAAUUUUGGUAUUUUUUUUAAUCAAAAUAGAAAUUGCAUUGCUUUACAAACAGCAUGAUGUUUGUUCUACUUCUGUAACAUUGCAUUAAGCAGUGGCUUUUGCAUAUGCAACAGUUUAUAUUUCCAAUGUUCCUUCUUAUCUUUGGAUGUGCAUGGGAGUACAUGAUGUCAACAUCAACAUAAAGUAUUAGACAGUGUUAUGCAUCAAAUAUAACCACUUUGUAUCAGUAAAUAUUUCAGCUUAUUAAUUAUCCUUUUAUUUAAAAAUUCUUACAGUACACACCAAAGUAUUCAUGAUCCAUGUUAUAUUCUGAGUUGUAACCUUGCCAUCACCUCCAGAGCAGUCCCAAAUGGUUCCCAAUCUUGGAUGUCAUCUGUGAUGUUUUGGAUACUUUGUUUACAGAUGGAAAUAUAAAGACUUUCAUGUUGUAUUGGUGUCACAGUGGCCAUCACACAAUACCAGAAUUAUAGCAGUUGGAACUUUUACGGCACAGAAGGAAAAAUGAACACAAAAAGGUAAUUUGGACCACUGGUUUCACUCUGGAACCUUGUGGAUCAAAUUGUUCAGUCCAAUUCCCCAACUCUUUCAAUGUAUCUCUGCAAAUUAUCAUCCCUCAAGUGCUAAUCCAAUUUCCACUUGAAGACUUUGAUGGAGUAUUUCCUCCUACCUUAAUAGGCAGUGAGUUAUAGAUCACUAGCUGCUUGGGUUAUUUAUGCUGGAAAUCAUGAUGUUUACAUUUAUUUCCAUGCAAUUGGGUUUUAUAACACUCCUUGUGAAUGAAAUAAAAUCUAAC